CAAACUGGUGAAUGCGCGUGGGAAAAACCAUCUAAUACGGUAUUGCAUCAAAAAGAUCCAACAGGUGAAUGGUGGGAAUUAUGGGAUGAUAAUCACCAACUGCCUUAUUAUUAUAAUACGGCAUCUGGGCAGACUGAAUGGGUCCGUCCGGAAAGUGGAACAAUUAUUCCGCUGACAAAAAUUCAGAAUUCGUCAAUUGGUAAAAGGAUAUCGAUUGCGUUGACUCCAACCGAUGAUGAGAUUGAUAUAAAUCAAAUACAACAAAUUAAUGGAUUAAGACAUGCUAAUAUGGUAUCCCCGGAACGCUCUUCCGGGUUGUUAAGUAUCAAUUACGUUUUAUCGAAACAUAAUUCGAUUUCAUCAAUAGCUUCACCGCCCUCGGAAAUUAAAUCAUCAAGUCAAGAACAACUCGACUCUGAUUUUGUGAGGAAUGAAAAUGAAGAUAACAAUAUGAAUUCCUCAAAUAAAGAAACUAGUCAAUUAGAAGUUUCGAAUAAUUCAACUUUUAAUGAAGAAAAUCCCGUAAACUAUGAUAUUAUAGGCUCCUCAUCUCAAAAUUCUUCUACUGAUAAAUAUGGCGUUUCAAACUCUUUUGAUAUACCUUCUCGGGAUAUUGACUUAAUUCCGAUAAGACGGAAUUCAAAAGUUUCUCAGAUUUCAAUUGAUUCUGUGAUGAGCGUAUCUACGGCUUCAACUUCUAGACCAAAAACCCCAAAUUCUGGAAACAUUCCUAAUAGUGGAAAUCAAUUGUUCAAGAUUAUGUCCCCGAAGAAAUCUAGUGAAGCCGCUGAACGUGCAAGAAAGGCUGGAAUUAGCAACCCUCGUGUAAACUAUGACGCUGCGGCUGCCAUGAGACCAGCCGGCACGUAUAGAGACCUUGAAAAAAAAAGAACUGAAUACAAGAUACAUACUCGUAAACUAAGUACUGGGGAGGUUAUGACAUUACCAGCAGAAUUACAACAAGAUAUAAAUAA